GAAUGAUCAUGCUUCUUUCAUGAAUGAGACAUAUUUGUUUGUUUGACUGAUUAUACACACGAAUCCUCAGUUUUCUUGACUUCAUUAACUGCGUGAAAGGUAUUUGAAAUGGCUUUAGGUUCACUGUCUCAGCAUUUGGCCAAAAUUAAGUCUCCAUUUGGAGGAGAAAAGGUUUUCAAGGAUGAAUGUGCAUUUUCUUUUGAUAAUCCUGAAAGUGAGACAGGCUUGUAUGUAUGUAUGAACAAGUUUAUUGGACUUGGGAAAAGAUUUGUUGAGGCUUACUACAGAAAAACAGGAAAUGCUGUAUUUCUACACCUGAAGAGAAUCCGAAAGGAGGUGCCUCAAGAUACAGAAUCGCCACCGGAGAAAAAACCAACAAAAAUGGCUAUAGGUCUUGAAGGUGGAUUUAACGUAGAUGAAAAGAAAUAUGUGUUUGAGGAGCAGAAUUCAGUUGUAGUGUUGCCUGAGUGGACUGUAAUUUCCCUGGAUACUCCAGACUUGCCAGAUAUGGUCCAGAUCUCAGUCGCUGCGAUUUUAGGGGCUGAUGAUGCAUGGAAAAUGGCUGAAGCUGCUGCCAUGUCAGGGACGUGGGAAGGAGAGAAACGCAAAGUUUCCAAACAUGCCGAGAAUCUGAAACAACUCGACAAUGGGAAAAAAAUUCCACCCUCUGGCUGGAAAUGUGAGAAAUGUGAUCUGACCACCAACUUGUGGCUAAAUUUGACCGAUGGCAGCAUCAUGUGUGGUCGUCGCUUCUUUGAUGGCAGUGGAGGCAACAACCACGCUGUAGAUUACUACGAUGAAAAACGCUACCCUCUGGCUGUAAAACUUGGAACAAUAACUGUCAAUGGAGCAGAUGUGUUUUCGUAUGAUGAAGAUGAUAUGGUGGAGGACCCGUACUUAGACAAACAUUUAGCUCACUUUGGUAUCAACAUCACAUCUCUAGAAAAGACAGACAAGACAAUGGUAGAGAUGGAAAUUGAUUUGAACCAGAAGAUUGGAGAGUGGGACGUAAUCCAGGAAGCUGGAAGCAAGCUAACUCCAUUGUAUGGUCCAGGAUACACAGGCAUGCGUAACCUUGGUAACAGUUGCUACAUGAACUCUGUGAUGCAGGUUCUAUUCACCAUACCAGACUUUGUACAGAGGUACUGUGACAAUGCUGUAGACAUUUUCCAGUGUGCCUCAGAGGACCCAUCCAGCGACUUUGUAGUACAGAUGGCCAAGUUAGGACUCGGCCUUAACAGUGGAGAGUACUCUAAACCGCCACCAGAGGAUGUCAGUGAAAACAUACUGCCACCAACAGGUGUACGUCCACAGAUGUUUAAAACACUUAUUGGACAAGGCCAUCCAGAGUUUUCUACCAAACGUCAACAGGAUGCACAAGAAUUCCUCUUGCAUUUAAUAAACCUUAUUGAGAGAAAUACUGGGGGGCAGGUCAAUCCAACAGGAAGUAUGAAGUUCCAAGUGGAGGAGAGAGUAGAAUGUAUGCAGAGUCAUAAAGUGAAAUAUACGAACAGGUGUGACUAUUGUCUGGCACUACCUGUACCUGUGGAGGCUGCCAAUAACAAAGAUGAGGUGAAACAGUAUGAAGCAAAGAAGAAGGAAGUAGAAGCAGAAGGAAAAAGAAUGGAUCCUAAAGAGCUUGUGCGACCCAGAAUUCCUUUGUCUGCUUGCCUACAUUGUUUCCAAGCUGAAGAAAUUGUUGAUGACUUUUACAGUUCUGCACUGAAAGGAAAAUGUACAGCAAGGAAAACCACACGUCUUUCUUCAUUUCCCGAUUAUUUGAUGGUACAGCUUAAGAAAUUUACAGUUGGGGAGGACUGGGUUCCUAAAAAGCUUGAUGUUUCUAUAGAUGUGCCCGAGGAAAUAGAUUUAGCGUCAUUAAGGGGGUGUGGCCUGCAGCCAGGAGAGGAGGAGCUACCACAGGAACAGGAUGAUUCAACCCCUGUUAUAGAGAUUGAUGAGGCAGUGGUGGCCCAACUCAUGGAUAUGGGGUUUCCUCUAGAGGGCUGUAAACGAGCAGUGUUCAACACUAACAACAGUGGAGCAGAGGCUGCCAUGAAUUGGGUCAUGGAACAUAUGGGAGAUCCAGAUUUCUCCAGUCCGUUCACGCCACCCGGAGUGAAGAAAGGAGCAGCCAAAGACUUUAUACCAAAUGAGGAUAGUCUUGUCAUGAUUAUGUCCAUGGGAUUCACUAGAGACCAGGCUAUUAAGGCACUCAAGGCCACGGAUAACAAUGUGGAACGAGCUGCUGACUGGAUCUUUAGCCAUGUUGAUGAACUAAAUACUCCCAUGGAAACUGAAGAGCCAGCAGGUGCAGGUGCUGGCCCAUCACAGCCUGCCUUCAGGGACGGACGAGAAAAAUACCGCCUGAAAGCGUUCAUUAGUCACAUGGGUACAUCUACAAUGGUCGGCCAUUACGUGUGUCACAUCCGUAAAGAUGGUCGCUGGGUGAUAUUUAAUGAUGAAAAGGUGGCACUGUCUGAGAACCCGCCUCGAGAUCUGGCUUACCUGUAUCUGUAUGAGCGAGUAUGAGGGCUGGUAGAUGUGAACGGUGGUUGUAUUUUAUGUUGCAAAAGUGAAGUUGGAUGUUUGCUGAAUUUGUUUUAUUUAUGUCAGUUAAUUUGAUGGAAAUAAUAUUUUUCCUGUUUUGCAGUACAUAAACCUGAUCUUGAAAAUUUCAUCAGUAAAAUAAUGAGAUGUGUGUUUUAAACACCCCUUAACAUCUGGAUUGCAAAAUUUGUAUUCCUUAAAAUAAAAUUCUAUUGUUUUAAAAGAAAGUUGCAAAAAUUAAAAAAUUACUGACUAAACAGCACUCUUGAUUGCAAAAACAAAACAUGCAUUAAGGAUUGUUGCUAGUCAUGUGCAUUAACAGUACUGUGCACAAAACUUACUUAUGUUUCAGUAGUGAAACUUUGAAAUCCUGAAGAAAGAUUGGUGGUUACAGUAUGACAUAAAAUUAUUUCUGAUUUAGUAACCAGGUAUGCAUCCAGUAUGAAAACAUUGACUCGUAAAUCUUCUGAUGUGAAAACCAUGCACUGCAGCCUGAAGGAACUUUCAAGGCAAACUUGGUUAUAAUGGAAAUACACAAAUAAACUAGUGUUACCAGCAUUAAAUAUAUUUCAUCAUGAUUGUCUAGGUUACACAGGAUCACAAGAAAGAUGCUCUUUAAUUACGAGUAUUCAAAAAAAAGUUUUGGAGAUGGGGAGGUGAACAUUUUAAUUUGGAAAAAACCUGAGCAUAUAGAUCUCUGAUACAAAUAGAAUUUCUCAUUUUGAUUCUUAAUUUGAUGAAAAUUGAGUUAACAUAUAUUUUGAUAAAAAUAUUACAGCAUAUGAGUUCCAUGCAAAAUUUACUGUUACCAUUAUAAAACUGAUAAAUUGUGAAUGUUUCUUUGACACAAAACACCUGUUGGUCUAUUUGUCUGUCGCUGUACCUUAAUCAAGGUUUCAUUUACCUUAGUGUAUCUAUUGCUGAUAAAUAUUAGGGUGACUUUGACUUCCAGCAGGACAGUGAUGAAUAUUAUUCAAUAUAGUGCUAAAUAUCAGGUUGAAUUUGACUUUCAGCAGGACAGUGAUGAAUAAUUUUCAAUAUAAUGUUCCUUAACAUCUUUUGACUUCAAUCAGCAUGGUGAUGAAUAUUAUUUUAAUAUAUGUGAAAAGUUAUACAGAGUUGCUCUUUGAGAAGGUGUUACGCAGUUGUAAUACACUUGUAUGGUGAUGCCUGUUUGUGAUACGUUAAUGUGUUAUCCUGAAAGGAUAUCUAGUUUAAUGUUGUACUAGUUAUAUCAUUACUGUCAAUUUUACUAUUUGCUUUGUCACUAAUUGCUUUAUUUCCAAGAAAAAAGCUUUUCACAAUCAUGAUUAUCAUAGUUCAGUUAUUUAUAGAUCUGUAAAUCUGUAAAUGAUACCGAUGUGUGAAUGGAUAUGAAAUUGACAUUCUCACAAGUGAUUAACGAUACAUACAUCCAGUCAACAAACACUUCAUAGUGAAAAAAUAGGAAAAUUAUAAAUUUUUUCAUGUUUUGGUUGAAACACAUAUUUGCCUCUAAUUAUUUGAUUUUUUACAUGUAACUUUGUUUGGCUGCAUUGGUGCAACGGGAUUGAUAAACUGAUGAAUAAGAAAUACAUGUAUUGUAACUUGUAUUAAAUAUUAUAUCGUAUGGUACUGUACAGUGGUGUUCAUCUGAUGACUCCUAAUUAGAUUGAUUCCUACUUACUGAAAAGUUAAUUACUUUCAAGGGAUUCUAUUUCUUGCUGUUUCUGAGGAUGAAUAGUAGCUGGAAAAAUAGAUUACUUGAAAAUAAAAUAGAUACAGAAACACACCUAAAGGUCAUUUCAUAGCUUGCUUUAAAAAGACAUCCUUCAAUCCCUCCUACUUCAAGCUUUAUUUAAAACUGCAAAAAUUUGAACCGUGGACAAAAUAACCUUUUUAACAUUCAGGAGCAAUAAACACAUUGAUAUUGAUCAUUUUAGAAAUGAUACACAAAAAUUAUCGCUGCUUUUGGUAAAACUGCUAGAUUUUCUUAACAUAAUCUGGAAACUUUAAAAUGGCAUCUUACUUCCCUGAGCAUUUGCUGUUUCAAUAAAAGUUAAUAAAAGGAA